GUGCCGCGGCGGCGGCGGACGGCCCAGCCAGAGCGCGAGGGGCUCAGGGGCGUGCGGGGGUCUCGGUGUAGCAGCAGGGACCCCGGGGCCCAGAGACAGCGCUGCCCGGGGCCGCCGGGAGGAGCGCGGGCGGUCCGGCGGCGGCGCGAUGCCGCUCGCCCAGCUCAAGGAGCCCUGGCCGCUCAUGGAGCUGGUGCCGCUGGACCCGGAGAAUGGCCAGGCUUCAGGGGAAGAAGCUGGACUUCAGCCAUCCAAGGAGGAGGCCAUCCUCAAGGAGAUCUCCAUCACACACCACGUCAAGGCUGGCUCUGAGAAGGCCGAUCCAUCCCAGUUUGAGCUCCUCAAGGUUCUGGGCCAAGGAUCCUUUGGCAAAGUCUUCCUGGUACGCAAGGUCACCCGGCCUGACAGUGGGCACUUGUAUGCCAUGAAAGUAUUAAAGAAGGCCACACUGAAAGUGCGCGACCGUGUUCGGACCAAGAUGGAGAGAGACAUCCUUGCUGACGUGAACCACCCAUUCGUGGUGAAGCUGCAUUAUGCCUUCCAGACUGAGGGCAAGCUCUAUCUUAUUCUGGACUUCCUGCGUGGUGGAGACCUGUUCACACGACUCUCAAAGGAGGUCAUGUUUACAGAGGAGGAUGUGAAGUUUUACCUGGCUGAGCUGGCACUGGGCCUGGACCACCUGCACAGCUUGGGCAUUAUUUACAGAGACCUCAAGCCUGAGAAUAUCCUUUUGGAUGAGGAGGGCCACAUCAAACUCACUGACUUUGGCCUGAGCAAGGAGGCCAUAGACCAUGAGAAGAAGGCUUACUCCUUCUGCGGGACAGUGGAGUACAUGGCGCCCGAGGUUGUCAACCGCCAGGGUCACACUCACAGUGCGGACUGGUGGUCCUAUGGCGUUCUGAUGUUUGAGAUGCUGACGGGCUCCCUGCCCUUCCAGGGGAAGGACCGGAAGGAGACCAUGACCUUGAUUUUGAAGGCGAAGCUAGGCAUGCCCCAGUUUCUGAGCACGGAAGCCCAGAGCCUCCUGCGGGCCCUGUUCAAGAGGAAUCCUGCCAAUCGGCUUGGCUCGGGCCCUGAUGGGGCAGAGGAAAUCAAGAGACAUAUCUUCUACUCCACCAUUGACUGGAAUAAGCUCUACCGGCGUGAGAUCAAGCCCCCUUUCAAGCCGGCUGUGGCCCAGCCCGAUGACACCUUCUACUUUGAUACCGAGUUCACGUCACGCACACCCAGGGGUACACCUAUGAUGGAGAGGCUCCGGCAGCGCAGAGGGGACAGUGCCCGCAGGCUGGAUGAGCUGGGAAACCUGACGUCCAGCCAGAUACUGCCAGUGUACGAUGACGGUAAGCAUGUCUACCUGGUGACAGAGCUGAUGAGGGGCGGCGAGCUGCUGGAUAAGAUCCUACGGCAGAAAUUCUUCUCAGAGCGGGAGGCCAGCUUCGUCCUGCACACGAUCAGCAAGACUGUGGAAUACCUACACUCUCAAGGGCCUCUGCACCGUAGCAUCCAGGGUCAGGCUGACUCGUGUCUCCUGCAGCAACUCCACGGGAAGAACUUGGUUUUCAGUGACGGCUACGUAGUAAAGGAGACGAUUGGCGUGGGCUCCUACUCUGUGUGUAAGCGCUGUGUCCACAAGGCCACCAACAUGGAGUAUGCUGUCAAGGUCAUCGACAAGAGCAAAAGAGAUCCCUCAGAAGAGAUUGAGAUUCUUCUGCGGUAUGGCCAGCACCCCAACAUCAUCACCCUGAAAGAUGUUGUUCACAGAGAUCUCAAACCCAGUAAUAUUCUCUAUGUGGAUGAGUCUGGGAACCCCGAGUGCCUGCGCAUCUGUGACUUUGGCUUUGCCAAGCAGCUGCGGGCCGAGAACGGACUCCUCAUGACACCUUGCUACACAGCCAACUUUGUGGCACCUGAGGUGCUGAAGCGCCAGGGCUACGAUGAAGGCUGUGACAUAUGGAGCCUGGGCAUUCUGCUGUACACGAUGCUGGCAGGAUACACUCCAUUCGCCAAUGGGCCCAGUGACACCCCAGAGGAGAUCCUCACCCGGAUCGGCAGCGGGAAGUUCACCCUCAGUGGGGGAAACUGGAACACGGUUUCAGAGACAGCCAAGGACUUGGUAUCUAAGAUGCUGCAUGUGGACCCCCACCAGCGCCUCACAGCCAAGCAGGUCCUGCAGCACCCAUGGAUCACCCAGAAAGACAAGCUUCCCCAGAGCCAGUUGUCCCACCAAGACCUGCAGCUCGUCAAGGGAGCCAUGGCGGCUACGUACUCUGCUCUCAAUAGCUCCAAACCCACCCCUCAGCUCAAGCCAAUUGAGUCGUCUAUCCUGGCCCAGCGGCGGGUGAGGAAGCUGCCAUCCACCACCCUGUGAGCCGCAGUGCAGACGAACUCCUCAGAGGCAGAGGCCUUCCCAGAGAGAGCAAGCCUGGGUCACAGGAAUGGAGUUCUAAAGGAAGUAACCAGCCCAGAUCUCCCGUGAGCGUGUGAAGUGCCUUCCUCCCCGGGACGGGCUCUUCUGGGCUCGGGCUCCACCGUGUGAAAGCCACUCACUGUACAAACUAUUUUUUAAGAAAAAAAAAAAAAAAUGGCAUCAUCUCCCAUGAAUUUUUUACAAGAUCCAUUUGCCUUCUUGGCCAUCGCAGUCCCAGGAGGAACAACGAGUCACAUGUGUGGCCGAGACUCCCUUGGUAGCUUUGGGGCCCUCCCCGCUGUUGGCCGUGGGGCCAUCUGCACAUGACUUCGAGAAGGUCCAGCGUCGCCUCUCAGAGCUGUCUCCUGGCUCCUCAGCAGAACUUGGUCCCCAGCCGUCUCUUUUUCCGUUCUGUUCUGGGGUUCUAGAACCACUUUCUGCUAGAGCAAGGGACCCCCCCACACCCUGUCAGCUCUUGGCUCCAGGCACCAGCAUCCACAACACCCAUCCUCGGUGGGUCCCUGCGGUGGGAUCGGACAACCCCAUGGAGAGGAAGCAGAAAGCACUUUUGGGGAAACCUGCUGUCUGCCGCUAGACAGAGUUCACAGGAGACCAGGGAGGCGGUCCCCGGGCGAUGAGGGCUUUUUCAUUUCCUCCUCAGCUGGUAACUCAGGGUUCAUCUGUCCAAGGCCUUUCUAAUAAACUUACAAUCCAGUCAAA